CCUAGAUACAAAAGUUAAAAAAUAUAUUGGAAUAACCUGGGGACAGCCAAAUCCCAUUGGCCUAGUGACUUCCACUCACUCUGAAUAACUUCGAAACGACCUACUCAAGUUUCCAAAACAAACCAAGUAUUAUACAUAAUAUAGGAGUAUUGCCAGGAUGGACUGCGACAAUCCCAGCUUGGAGGCGCAGCGCGAGCGAGUGGGCAGUGCGAUCGUGACCGCCAUGGAGGACCUGGACCGGGACUACCUGCGGAAGCUGCAGAUCGAGAUGCACGCCUGCGCGACCGCCUGCUGCGCGGAAGCGGAUGCGAGCGCGGAGGCGGUGGAGCGCUGCGUGGACCGCUGCCAGGUCCGCUUGACCCGCGCCCGCUGCUUCGUGCAGCAGGGCAUGUCCGACUUCGAGAACCGCCUGGAGAAGUGCGUCCAGCAGUGCCGGCUCCACGGAUCCGGGGACCUCCUGGAGCGCUGCUCCAGCAACUGCGUGGACAGUCACGUGGGCCUGCUGCCCGAAAUGCUCAGGGCCAUGCGAGACACCCUGGAGAAGGGUGUUUAGGAGGGCCCUAUUGGGUUUCUCUGUGCGCCUUACGGAUCUCCAAGGAACCACACAACUUCUAUAUACUACUUCAAAAACAUAUUCAAAUAUUCUCUAAACCCAGUGGACACAGCCUUUUGUGUGACAGGCAGCUGAGGAGCUAGUGCCUUGGCCUCAGGUGUAGGACUCUGUACUGUGGGAUGCUGGCUACGGGCCGCUCCUCAAAGUGGCAAGUCAAGCGGAGAAGGUGCAGAGGACCAAGGACGCUGCGGCCUGUGUGAUAUGUUAAUUUGGCCUAAACUACACACCAACGGCAAGCGGCGAAUGGCGAAUGGCAAAUGGCAGAUGCGAGAGCGCUAGGAUGCGAGAACGAAAGCGAAACGCGUCCUUCGCCCGCAAAUCCCAAAGGCGAAAUGUGUCAUACAUUCGCCAGUUAGCGAAGGAUUUCACAGAAAAGCACACAGUAUUUUAUAUAUUUUUUUUCAUCUUCCGUCGGCUGUCUUUGGCAGCUUUUUGAACCCGGACAUGGGGCAGUUUUGAUUUAUGCCACAAGAUGCGACAGUCUCGAGGAGUAUAUGAAAAUAAAUCAGUUUGGCAUUCUAGAGUUUUCGGAUUUAUUCGGUACAUCGGGAGGGCGUUAGACUUUGAGCUGGCCUUUUAACUAAAUAGAUUGAAUGUUAUGAAAUAGAUUUCAAGUCUUUGACUAAGCUAAAGCUUGCAUAAUAAAUAAUAUUUUAUUUUAUAUCUUUGGUA